AUGGGAAUUCUAAAUUUCGUAUUCGCUCCUUUUCUAGUGGUUUAUCUGCUUAUAUUUUUCUUUUUCCGUUAUUUUGAGGAAUACCGUAAUAAUCCCAAGAACAUUGGCAUACGUCAAUGGUCUCCCUUCGCUCGUUGGAAGUUUCGGGAGUUUAACGAAUUACCUCAUUUAUUUAAUCAGAGAUUGAACAAAAGUUAUAAACAGGCUAACAAAUAUGUUGACCAAUUCCCAAGGGAAAAAACGGCCUUGCUUUCAAAGUUUGUAUCCUUCAUAGCUAGUUCACUCGCUGCUGUAUUACUUCUCGCCAGUAUUAUCGAUUCUGAGGUCUUUUUGGGAUUUGAAAUUACACCCGGUCGUAACGUUUUUUUUUAUCUCGGACUGUUGGUUCCGAUUGUGGCUAUUAGUCGUGGGAUGAGCGUGGAAGAUCACGUGGUAUUUGAUCCAACAGCCAGGUUAAAGAAAGUUGUAGAACAUACACAUUAUUCUCCCGAUAGUUGGAAAGGAAAAUUAGAUACCGAUGAUCAAAUCGUCGAUUUUUUUAGAGAAUUCACCGUUCAUGUAGACGGCCUUGGCUACGUUUGCAGCUUUGCGGAAUUCGAUUUCAAGCGGCAUGGAAAUGUGAAG